AUGAACCCUAACACUCUAAUCCCCGACACCAAUCCGACCGUUUCUCUAGCCACCAGCACCUCGCCGGCGUUAUUUCAGGCCGCCACCGUCGUCAUCUCCGACCCGCAACAGCGACCCACAACACGGCCCGCUUUGCCCGUCGCCCCUCCUUCGAAAUUGGACCUCACGGCUUCAACACACACUCAAGCUAAUCUUUUGGAGUCCGAGAACUACAAUUCCAAUAUGGUGAAAACAAGAAAUGCGGGUCCUUCCAUGAGCAAGGAUAAAGGGACGGCCAUCACCGUCGCUCCACCCGAGUCAUCGAACCACUCGAAUUCCGAUUCGGAGGACGAGACCACUCCGUUAGCUCGAACCCAUGGCAUUCCAUUUCUGGUUUUUAACGACUCAGAGGUGGCCGCGUACAAGCGACUUGCCGCCCACACUAUGCCUAAUCCCCGAGCUAUCGAGUGGGCGACGAUGAAAGCUCUUCAUAUCGACGAACGAGUUCGGAGUUAUUUGAAAGUACUUAACUUGGAGAAGUACGCGACCCGUGAUAAUUUCACUGCCUUCCGGACACUCACUUUGGAAUGUUUUAGCACUAUUGAGAUGCACGAUAACGGCAACUACCUCACUUGUCGCUUAGACGGGAAGGAGGUAAAAAUUACGGAUAAAGUUCUCUGUGAUAUUUAUGGUUUGAAAACAACGGGUGCUCGCAAGAAACCGGGAGAUUUCCAGACUGACAGACAUUGGGCCUCCUUUUCACCAUGCAAGACUUUCCAUAAAAUCGGGCCAUCAGCGGGGCUAAUCAAGGAGCUUCCCAUUGCGGUAGUGCAUAAGUUCCUCCCCUACCACAUUUUCGAAAAAAAAGAGGCUAACAAGGUAAGUGAACAGGAGGUGUUCGUUCUGUGGGCUAUGUGUGAAAAGAAACCGAUAUGCCUUCUCAAUUUCCUCAAGCGUCGACAUACGCCGAAAAACACUGUUGAGGAGGGCAUCGGUCCGAUGGGCAUCGGCUAUAUCAAACUUAAGUCUGGGGGUUUUCUGGAUAGGCAUUUCAAGUUUCAGCCCUAUACCGAACGCAAAUGCUACAAGGCUUACGUGAAGGAGAUGAAGCGAGCAGCAGCUGAAGCAACUUUGUCCACACAAGACACAGGAGGUCCCUCUCAACAGGCGGCCGACGAGAUUGCCGACCCAAUCGAGCAUACUCCAGGAGACGAGGAAGAGCCAGCCCAACUUCAGUCCCAUCAUGGCAUUCCCGACGCCCUAUUCGAGCAGGCGCCUAAGUGGUUCGUCGAGCAUCAGAAACGGCAAGAUGAGUAUCAGACUCGACAGGAGGAGUACCUGCGAACCAUCCAUGCCGAGGUUAGUUCGCACAAUGCUCGGUUGGAGGCCUACAUCGCGAAAAAUGACAAACGUUGGGACCAAUGGGAAGAGACGCAUGAAACACACGAGGCCCGUUGGGACCAUUGGGAACAGAAGCAAUAUGCCCAAUGGAAUCAGUGGAAUGAUUAG